AUGGAGUCGAGGAAAAAAGUGAGGACUGAUGAGCUGCGAAGAAGAGAGGGACUGAUGGAGUCGAGGAAAAAAGUGAGGAUGAUGGAGCUUGACGAAGAAGUGAGGACUGAUGGAGUCGCUGAAAAAGUGAGGACUGAUGGAGUCGCGGAAAAAGCUGACGAAGAAGUGAGGACUGAUGGAGUCGAGGAAAAAGUGAGGACUGAUGGAGUCGAGGAAAAAGUGAGGAUUGAUGGAGUCGAGGAAAAAGUGAGGAUUGAUAAAGCUGAGGAAGAAGUGAGGACUGAUGGAGUCGAGGAAAAAGUGAGGAUUGAUGGAGUCGAGGAAAAAGUGAGGAUUGAUGGAGUCGAGGAAAAAGUGAGGAUUGAUGGAGUCGAGGAAAAAGUGAGGAUUGAUAGAGCUGAGGAAGAAGUGAGGACUGAUGGAGUCGAGGAAAAAGUGAGGACUGAUGGAGUCGAGGAAAAAGUGAGGAUUGAUGGAGCCGAGGAAAAAGUGAGGAUUGAUAGAGCUGACGAAGAAGUGAGGACUGAUGGAGUUGAGGAAAAAGUGAGGACUGAUAGAGCUGACGAAGAAGUGAAGACUGAUGGAGUCUAG